GACGAGUAGCGACAGAAGCACGUAGAGGAGCAGGAGCAGCGAGGCGCGUCUGGUCAGAAGAUAGCGGCGAGACAGCCUUUAUACUAAAGGAGAGAGUUUUUCAGCUGCUAAAAGGCGAUGAAAACUAACUUUAUUUCCGGAAGGAAGUCACUGACGUGAAAAGCAGCGUUUGAGGAGCGGGGUGGUCGCUAGAGAGUUACCAGGAGAUAACAUUCAGGAGAGUGAUGUUGGUUUCUAUGUGAAGCAGUUGGACAAACGCAAAAUGAGCAAAAAGUAUGAAUCAGCAAACGUGACAGAAGUGGAGGAGCACAUUUCUCUCAAAUAUGAGGUCAAGAAGAGAAUUGGGAAAGGGGCCUACGGGAUUGUAUGGAAAGCAGUUGACCGACAGACGGGGGAGACUGUGGCAGUGAAAAAAAUCUUUGAUGCUUUCAGAAACAGGACAGAUGCCCAGCGGACAUUCAGAGAAAUCAUGUUCCUUCAGGAGUUCGGCGACCACCCCAACAUCGUCAAACUCUUAAACGUCAUCCGAGCCCAAAACGAUAAAGACAUCUAUCUCAUCUUUGAAUACAUGGAUACUGACUUGCAUGCGGUAAUUAAGAAAGGCUCCCUCCUUAAGGAUGUCCACAAGCGUUAUGUGAUGUACCAGCUCUUCAGGGCGAACAAGUACCUCCACUCAGGAAAUGUUAUUCACAGAGACCAAAAGCCUUCCAACGUACUCCUGGACACAGACUGCAUCGUCAAGAUCUGUGACUUCGGCUUAGCCAGAUCUCUCAACCAGAUCCAGGAGGACAGUGGGAACCCGGCUCUGACGGAGUACGUGGCCACGCGGUGGUAUCGGGCUCCCGAGAUCUUGCUGGGCUCUGCGAGGUACACCAAAGGUGUGGACAUGUGGAGCCUCGGCUGUAUCCUGGGUGAGAUGCUGCUGGGCAGAGCGCUGUUUCCUGGAACUUCGACCAUCAACCAAAUAGAGAAGAUCAUGAGUGCCAUAGCUCACCCAAGCCCAGAAGAUAUUCUCGCCAUCAAGUCUGAAUAUGGAUCCUCUGUCAUUCAGAGGAUGUUACUGAAACCACAGGUGCCUUUGGAGGAUCUUCUCCAACCGUCUGUGCCUCCUGAUGCUCUCGACCUCCUGAAGCGUUUGUUAGUUUUUAACCCUGACAAGCGCCUGACUGCAGAGCAGGGCCUUCAGCACCCAUAUGUAGCCAGGUUCCAUAAUCCAGCCAAAGAGCCAGCUCUCAGCUUUGAUGUAGUCCUGGCAGUGGACGACGAUGUGCAAUUAUCUGUGGUUCAGUACCGCAACAAACUAUAUGAGAUGAUACUGGAAAGGAGAACACAUCAAGGGAUGCUGGUGCUACCAGACACUAGAGACUGUGAGGAUGGCCAGGAGAAGGCCAGCGCAAGGAGGUGCGACAAAGGAGAUAGAGGUCCUGGAGCUGCAACAUCCAACAACAAUGAAGGGAAACCACAGGAGCCUAGUGAGACAAACCACGAGCCUUCACGUACAGGGGUCACUAAAACUGAGACUGCCAAUGCAUCCACCUCAUCUGCCAUGGAGAAGACGAGCCCACUAAACGGCCAUGGCUUAGGAAAACCUACAUAUAACCCCAUCACUCAUGCUCCUAAUGGUUUUAAUCGGGCCCCUCACUAUUCUGCAACCAGCAGGAUCCCAGCAGGGCAAGACGGAAGCGGGGAUGGAAUCACACCACCAGCAGAGGGCAACAACUCCAAUGUAUCAAUGGAUCAGAUUCUCCAGCGGGGUCGCUCAGCCACUGGGAUUCACAACCAUUCCUUCUCUUGUGCCCUAAAUCAAGCCCACAACAACCCUUUAGUCCGCAAAGAUGAUGCAUCUUUAGCUGCUGGGCUGCAUAUCUCUUCAGCUCGACUGAAUCAGCGCUCCGGUUCUCAGGCUCGCGAAGCUCGUCCACCACCACGGUUCAGCAAGAAAGUGUUUCAGAACAACUGCAACGUGGCUGCCGCUGGCGACCCGCGGGCCAAAUUAGGCAGCUAUACCCAGGCCUACGGCACCAUCAACAAGACGGAACUGGAUAAUCUAAUUCGCAGCCGCCCUCAUAAACAAUAAUUUUUAUAACAUCGUAGGUUACGUAGAUGGAGAGGGCUGCAACGUUUGCUUUGAUCAUCCUGUUAUGACAGUAAGACAUCUGGCUAGAAAACAAGGUGUGGUAUAGAGAGGCAGGUCUGUUCGGGAUCUUUUACAUUUAUCAUAUUAGGUGGACUUAUCUGAAUGUUAGUAUCCAAUUUCUCAGAAGAAUUAAUGCCACUUUUUUCCUCGCUAGACUAGAAUACUAACAGCUAAAAGUAAGCAAAUGCUUUGAAGCCCCAAAUUCUUCAUGUACAGAAUCCCUGUGUUUUCUCUGGAUGAGGAGCAGAUAAUUAGUUUGUUGCAUAUAAAUCGUGGGAGUGAGUAGAAUAUGCACCACUGCAUUCCAUCAUCUGGCCUAACGUUAUGUCCCCUUGUCUGUGUGUUGAGAGGUCCUCCACACAAGCUAAAUCUUCCUGAAUGCAUCAGCUAGAAUCAGAAAUGGGGGCUUAGCAGGAGCCAAAAGUAUGUUUUAUUUUAAGUGUUACUGAAACUUUGAUUAGGCCAAGAGCUCUCACGUCUAAUCUUAAAACAAACCAAACAGCCUAAUGGGUGAAUAUUAAGACAUCAACUUGGUGGGUACAAGAUGGGCACGUGAUUAUUGUAAAAUAUGCAAAUAGAUGUUUUAAUAAAUAAUUGUAAUGAGUGGUUUAUUUUUAUGUGAACUCGCCAGCAAUAAACCUCUUUGCUCUAUGUGCAAACAAACAA